AUGUCUGACUACGGCGGCGGCGGCGAUGAAGAUAUGCGCGACUUCGGCGAUGUCGAGGAGUAUGAAGACAAUCUGAUCGAGGAGACGAACUUCGAAGAGAACUACGACGCAAACGGACCAGCUGAUGCAGAUGUGGACCCCAACGAGGCAGCAUCAAAGGCGCAAUUGAACAGCACGGACUACACCGACCAGAACAACAUUGUGGCCAGUGGGGAUCCUACGACAGGGAUCAAUACCGUCAAGAGCGUCAAGAGCAAGAAGAUCGCAACAGAGAGGAGGACGACGACACCAUACAUGACCAAAUACGAACGUGCACGUGUUCUUGGGACUAGGGCAUUGCAGAUCAGUAUGGGUGCUCCUGUUCUUGUCGACGUCGAAUCGGAAACCGACCCUCUGCAGAUUGCGCUCAAGGAGCUUCGCGAGAAGAAGAUACCACUGGUGGUACGGAGAUACCUGCCGGAUGGGUUCUACGAGGACUGGACUUGUGAGGAGUUGCUAUAG